ACGUGCUGGACCAGGGAACAGAAAAAUAACAGGGGGAGGCGAUGUCAGACAGAGCUCCCUUUUGUGUUUCUGGUCGUAUCUUUCCUGAAGAGAAGGACGGAGCGAUGUAAUUUUAGGCAAGACAGCAAACCGCUCAAGAGCCACCUCCAUGCUGUGCCCUUCGGGGGUGCCUCGCAGGGUCCCCGCGGGUGCGGCCGGGCCGGGGCCGGGGCUGGACCGGAGCGGGCGCGGAGCAUCCCCGCCGGCGGGGCAGCAUGGCAGCUGCCGGGGAGGUGGAGCCAGCCGCUGACCUGCCAGCAUCGGAGCACGCUAUCUGCUUUGAAUAAAUCCUCCCUUUUUCCUUCCUACCUGCGCCGGAAAACGAGAGGAAAAAUAAAAGAUAAAUAUAUUAUUAAAAAUAAAUAUAUAUAUAUUUAAAAGCAGGGCUGGUAGGAGAAAAGAGGAGAGAGGCCGGGUGCGUGUGGCCGCCUCCCCGCCGGCUGCGGGAGGUGCAUGAGGAUCUCGGCUGGGGGCCGCCGCCAUGGAGCACAUCCGGAUGCCCAAGGUGGAAAAUGUUCGGUUACUUGAUCGUUUAUCUUCAAGAAAAGCUGCACUGGGAACCUUGUAUUUAACAGCCACCCACGUCAUAUUUGUGGAGAAUGGUUCUGAAGCUCGUAAGGAAACCUGGGUUCUUCACAGCCAAAUUUCCUCUAUUGAGAAGCAGGCCACCACUGCCACUGGUUGCCCGUUGCUGAUCCGCUGCAAGAACUUCCAGGUCAUCCAACUGGUCAUCCCUCAGGAACGAGACUGCCAUGAUGUUUACAUAUCUCUGAUACGUCUGACACGACCAGUGAAAUAUGAAGAGCUGUAUUGUUUCUCAUUCAAUCCAAAAUUAGAUAAAGAAGAACGAGAACAAGGCUGGAAGCUUGUGGACCUCAAUGAAGAAUAUAAUCGGAUGGGUAUUCCAAACAACUAUUGGCAGAUUAGCAAUGUAAACAGAGACUACGGAGUCUGUGACUCCUAUCCUACAGAAGUGUAUGUACCAAAGUCUGCAACUGCACACAUCAUAGUGGGGAGCUCUAAAUUUCGGAGCCGAAGACGCUUCCCAGCUCUUUCCUACUACUGCAAGGAUAACAAUGCUUCCAUAUGCAGAAGCAGCCAGCCUUUAUCUGGCUUUAGUGCUCGAUGCCUGGAGGAUGAACAGAUGCUCCAGGCCAUUAGAAAAGCAAAUCCAGGAAGUGAUUUCAUAUAUGUUGUUGACACACGGCCCAAACUCAACGCAAUGGCAAACAGAGCAGCAGGGAAGGGAUACGAAAAUGAAGACAACUACUCCAACAUCAAGUUUCAAUUCAUAGGUAUUGAGAACAUCCAUGUCAUGAGAAACAGUCUGCAGAAAAUGCUUGAAGUUUGUGAGCUGAAAUCACCUUCGAUGAGUGACUUUCUGUGGGGCCUAGAAAAUUCUGGCUGGCUGAAGCAUAUCAAAGCCAUUAUGGAUGCUGGCAUUUUUAUUGCAAAGGCUGUGGCUGAGGAAGGUGUGAGUGUGCUUGUUCACUGCUCUGAUGGCUGGGAUAGGACAGCCCAGGUUUGCUCUGUAGCAAGCCUUCUAUUGGAUCCAUAUUACAGAACUAUGAAGGGAUUCAUGGUGUUAAUUGAAAAAGACUGGGUUUCCUUUGGUCACAAAUUUAAUCACAGGUAUGGCAACUUAGAUGGAGAUCCAAAGGAGAUAUCCCCUGUUAUUGACCAGUUCCUCGAGUGUGUUUGGCAAUUAAUGGAACAGUUUCCUUGUGCCUUUGAAUUCAAUGAGAGAUUCCUCAUCCACUUACAGCAUCAUAUCUAUUCUUGCCAGUUUGGGAAUUUCCUGUGUAACAGCCAGAAGGAGAGACAAGAGCUGAAAGUCCAAGAACGAACAUAUUCAUUGUGGGCUCACUUGUGGAAAAAUCGUGCAGAUUACCUCAAUCCUUUGUAUCGACCUGACCACAGUAAAACCCAAGGGACCCUGCGCCCUCAGAUGGCUCCAUGCAACUUCUUGUACAAGUUCUGGAGUGGUAUGUACAACCGCUUUGAAAAGGGGCUGCAUCCUCGACAGUCAGUUACUGAUUAUCUGAUGGCAGUGAAGGAAGAAACUCAGCAGCUGGAAGAAGAGCUGGAGGUCUUAGGAGAGAGAUUGGCAAACCUUCAGAAAUCACAACUAAAUGGUAAUAAAGUCAAGAGUAAGCAACAAGACCAAAACAAACAUUUAGGGCUUUCUACUUCCAGCAACAGCUUAGCUAACACUCCCCAGGAGUAUAGCAAUGAUCUGAAAUCAUUCCCAUCCCGGAGCCCUUCACAAGGGGAUGAAGAAGAUUCAGCCCUGAUUUUGACACAGGACAACCUGAAAAGCUCUGAUCCUGACCUCUCAGCUAACAGUGAUCAGGAGUCUGGUGUGGAGGACUUAAGCUGUAGGUCCCCAAGUGGCGGUGGCUGCUUGCCUAGUGAAGACAGUGGCAAGGAUUCAGAUGAGGCUGUAUUUCUGGCAGUCUGAAAUAUCUUCAACACAGUGAGGACCCAGAUGAAGUUGAGUCUUUCACAGCCUGGAAUGAGAUCUUUUCAUCGGAUGAAGAAUGGGAGAGGUGUGUGGCCUAAAGAAAUAAUCCAAAGAAAGGGAACUGUGCAAUUGUGUAAGCAAAGAUCUAAGCAGAACAAACCAUUAUUAAAGACAUAAUGCUAAAGAAAGUAUCUUUAAAGUAAAAUAUACUUUAGAAAGUAUAUUUAGUUAAGCCAAUGUGGUAUUUAACUUUAUCAAUGCUGUACAUAAUUAUUCCUUACUUUGUACAUUUCCAUAAUUAUUUAUUGUACAAAAUAUUAGUUCUUCUCCAAAGAAGUGUAAUUCCAAACUACUCUCUUACACGUAGGGACAAGGUUGAAGAUUUGUUAGUGUUAGGCUUACUGGUGAAUCAGUCAAAACUUAUUUUUGUAGAGCUGUUUUGCCUUCAGACACAGUGUGUAUAUUCUUCACUUUUUUUUUCAUGGGAGGUGUUAAAUUUUUAAUUCCAACAAAUAUUUUGCAUAUUCUCCUAUUAAAAUCCUUCGCGGCAAAGUAAAACUUAACAAAUGGACGUGCUUGCUUAGGGGACAAAUGAAGCUUUGAUCCUGCAAAAAAAGUCCUUUGGUAAGCAGCUGCUGCUGCUGCACAUGAACGCACCUCAUUUGUAAUGAUACAACACUUACACAGCCUUCCUGGAGAAGCAUCCCUUUAUAAUGCUUAAGUACAUUAGACAGUAUGCUCUAGCAUCUUUAUGUUUUAUUGUCAAGUUAGAUUGUUGAUAUCUUACCCUUGUUCCAAACCAAGGUAAGAUAUAAAGGUAAAAUUUUAAAGUUAAUAAAGCCCCAAAUUCUCCAGACUAUUUUGAUUCCUACUUGAAAAUAUUUUAUUUGGGUGGGAGUGAGGUACAUAUACAGUAGAAAGAACAGGGAAUCCUUACAAGUGUCACUUAUGGAAGCAUCACUGAAUUCAGAACUAAAGAAAGGUUACGCCCAUCAAGGAACUGUUAUGAAGAAUAUUCCUUCCAAAUUUUAUUGUUCAAAAUAAGCUAACCACAACCAAGUGGGUUUUGGGCUUUUUUCCUCACACAGCAUUUCCCUUUUAGUAUUUGCCAACCUGAACUGAGCAAUGGCGAUGCUAAUUAAAGAAAAAGACUGAUUCACCAUGACAGAGAGUUUAAUCUCAUUUGGUUGAAGAAUUUUCAUAUUUUUUAAGAGUAGGGGUAAUAUAUUUCAUAAUCAUAGGUACAGAAGCAAACCACUGAAAAAAUUGGGAUGUUUUGAAACUUACUAAAGAGGCUUCCAUAGCAGGUCUUAAUUCUUCAAAGGUUCUCCUUUUUUUUUACUUUUAAUUGAAGAAAGCAGUUAAAACAUAUUUAAUAUGGCUGCUCUUUCCUGCUUGGAGACGACGUGGUAUUGAACUCCAGUAAAGCAAAGCAGUAGUGAUAUAAGUUUACUUUGAUUGCAUUUCAUACUACUCCUUUAAAUACAGACUUACAGGCAAAAUUAAAUUAUAUAAAUAUACCUCAAAUUAGAAGCUUUAAUUAUUCACUUUGCUUUUACAGAAUGGCUUUUUAUUCUGUUCUGUGAACUUAUGUUAUUAAAAAUGAGUAGGUAAACUUCAGCAUUAUUAAUACCCUCCUAACGGAGCUGCUGUCUUUGAACAAAUAAUUCAAUUCCUAACACCAAGAUUUAUCUUAAUAUUAUACUGGCAAGGCCAAAUCCUCAAUUUGAUAAAUCACUGUAGGUCAACUGAAAUAAAUACAGUUAGGAUUUAUACUCUCUUGAGAAUCUAGCCUUCUGGGUUUUAAUCUUUAUGAAUUUUUAAUAAAUGAAAGCCCUGAUUUUAAUUGCACUUUUUAAAAUGUUUCAUAUUUUGAAUAUAGCCUGUAAAAUUUAUGGUAUUAAAGGAGAUUUUGAAUGGGGUUUUCUCAAGCUAAAGAAACAUGCUGCAAAGUCAGAAAUUAAAACAAAACACACAAAUAUUCUGCCUAAAAAUGAGUUUGAAAAUGGGCAAUAUUAUUGCAAUCUAUGCAAUAUUAUUGCAACCUUCAAAUGUAAAAUUAUAUAUGAUGGUAUUGUGUCCUCUUUGGCAUGUCUAGAAAUAAAUGCAGAACAGCAAUAUAUGCAAAUUCUAAACUGUCUUCACGUCGCUUAUGCAACUCCUUGUAACUAGCUUUACAACUAAAAUACCAACAUAUUAACAUUUUAUAUUAAGCCUUUACUCAGCAGCCCUCUGUGAUGUGUCUUUCAGUCCUUGGAAUUUUGCAUUAGCUACUACUGUUUCAUUGCAAUGUAUAUAACUGUGGCAUUAUUAGCCUGCUGAGAAACACUUUUAAAUAAACAUUUAGUAUUAUGUUAUUUCACACCAGUGAAUGAAA